GGGAAACCGGAAGUCCUGCUGGGUUUAGCUCAUUAGUAUAAUUACUGUUAGUGUUAAAGUUAGAUAUAUUUAUUACAGGUUUUAGUUUUUAUUCUUUGGUUUUUAAUGUAAAAUAAGAAAAACCCAUAAUAAAGUUUUGAUCAGGCACGUAGCAGGACAGCCCCGCUGUUGGGAGGUCCUGACGGAAACGGAAAAAGAUGACUGUUCACAACUUUUACCUGUUUGACCGGAACGGAAACUGUUUGUUUUACAACGAGUGGAACCGGAAGAAGCAGGCGGGGAUUUCUAAAGAGGAGGAGUUUAAGCUGAUGUACGGGAUGCUCUUCUCUAUUCGCUCUUUCGUCAGUAAGAUGGCUCCUCUGGACAUGAAGGACGGCUUCCUGUCCUUCCAGACCAGUAAGUAUCGUCUUCAUUACUACGAGACUCCCAGUGGACUGAAGCUGGUGCUGAACACCGACCUGUCAGUGAGCAACGCCAGAGAGACACUGCAGCACAUCUACAGCAACCUCUACGUGGAGCUGGUUGUGAAGAACCCGUCCUGUUCCUCCACCCAGACGUUGGACAGUGAACUCUUCAGCAGCCGACUGGACUCCUUCAUCAGAUCUCUGCCCUUCUACAGCCCCAGAGCUGCCUGAUCACACGCUUGUAUAACCCCCCCCCCCCCCAUGAGGGCUACACACCUGACCGCUACCCCCUCCACCAAGGCUACACACACCUGUGUGUGUGUGGACAUAUUUAUUGCUUUAGAUCUGUCCAAUAAAACCAAUUUCAAACUGA